AUGUCAACAAACCAUAAAAUCUCUUCUACACUUCAAACAGUUACAAGGCCAGACGGAGGCGACCCAAUUAAGGCUUCAUACUUUCUGAGCGCGGCAGGCGAGACCAGCGCACCUCCAAUUAUAAAGUCGGCGCGCGCCACGGAGGAGGCAUCAUUCCCCGGCAACUCUCGUCCAGCCAUGAAGGUCCUGGUAGCAGCGGUGUGCUGGCUGGCGGCGGGGGCGAGCUGCGAGCAGGCGGGCGGGGCGGGCGAGGUGGGCGACUCGCCGCUGGCCGCGGGCCUGAGGGUGGCCGCGGCCGCCUACCGCCAGUGCCGCAGCGGCGGCCACCUGCUCGCCUGCCUGCAGCUCAAGGCGCUCAAGGCCGCCGACCGGGCGCUCGCGGCGGACCGGGUGCCGCUGCUGGAAGGGGUGGAGCUGGUGAGGACGGGCGCCGGCAGGGGGCUGCAGGGCGAGGGGGCGACCCCGCUGGACGAGGAGCGGCUGUGGGGGCAGCCGGGCCGGCUGGGGGCGCUGCUGGUCGACCGCGCCGCCCGUCUCCUCGACUCGCACGCCCUCAGGAUCAGCCCUCGCAAGCUCUUCGGCAGCGACGACGAGACCACUGUCGACAGUGAUGGGCGCAGAAGGAAGGACAAGGGCGGCUACGGCGGCAUCAUGCUGAUGGGCGGGCUGCUGAAGGCCAAGCUGCUGGCGCUGAGCAUGGCCGGGCUGGCGGGUCUGGCCGGCACCGCCCUGCUCGUCGCGAAGGUGGCCCUCGUGCUCGCCACCGUCAUCGGCCUCAGCAAGCUGCUGGGAGGCGGCGGGGGCGGCGAGAAGGUCACCACCUACGAGGUGGUGAAGCACCCGGUGCACGUGAGCGGCGGCGGGCACGAGUACGGCGGGCACGAGUACGGGGGGUACUACGGCGCCAGCGGCGGCGGCGGCGGGGGCGGCGGGCACAUCGGCAGGAGCCUGGGGGACGCGCACGAGAUGGCCUACAAGAAGCAGGCCCCGGUCGACGCUGCCUCUCGACCCAAGUCAGCCUAG